AUGAGGGUGCUCAGGAAGAACAACAUUCCACAGAGACUGCUGGUGUCCUUCUACAGGAGUACCAUCGAGAGCAUCCUGGGUUACUGCCUGUGUGUGUGGUACACCAGCUGCACAGUGGCCCAGAGGACGUCUCUGCAAAGGAUCAUUAACAUGGCCCAAAAGAUCACCGGCUGCCCUCUCCUCACACUGGAGGAACUGCAUCACUACCGCUGCCUCCGAAAGGCGAGGAAAAUAACCCAGGACCCCUCUCACCCCGGUCACCACAUGUUGAGUCUGUUACCGUCAGAGGACAACAACGCAGAAAUACUACUCCUGGUUUGGCGUUACAGAGAAGGAUCACCUCGUGAUUGCUCGAGAAGCUUUCAGAUCAGUGGAUGUACGGUCACUGGAGACAGGAGCAUGUACCACAAGGCUGAUGCUGUGAUCAUGCGGCACCGGGAUGUAAUCACUGAUGAAGAAGCUCCGUUGCCUCCAGAGCCACGACCACCUGCGCAAAAGUGGAUAUGGUCCAACGUGGAGUCUCCCACGAAUGUUCCAAGACUGUGGGAAUAUGAAGGUAUUUACAACCUCACAAUGACCUACCGAGAGGACUCUGAUAUAUUUGUGCCUUUGGGGUAUUUAAUCCCAAAUGCGUUAUUACAUAAAGUUCCUCGGGCCCCUUUUGCAUAUCCACUCAGCUCCUCCUGGAAUCCUCGUCCUGGCUUUGUUGCCUGGGUGGUCAGCCACUGGGGAGAUCUUUUGGAGCGUGUGCACUUCUACAAACUUCUUAAGGACUACAUCAAAAUCGACCUCUUUGGGCGUGCAGGGACCACCACCUUACCACCAGGCAAGGACAGUGUGGUUCAAAUGAUCAGACGGUACCGGUUCUACCUGGCCUUCGAGAACGCACAGCACACCGACUACAUUACAGAGAAACUGUGGAACACGGUACGGGGCGGCGCCAUCCCGGUGGUCCUGGGUCCGUCCAGGAAGAACUACGAGCGCUUCCUGCCCCCCCAGGCCUUCAUCCACGUUGAUGACUUCCCCACAGUGCAGGAGCUGGCCCUGUACCUGCUGAAGGUGAAGGACAGUCCAGCUCUGAUCCAGAUGCACCUCAGCUGGAGGAGAGACUACAGUGUGUACACGCCGUCCCUGUGGGGUGAAUUCUACUGCACAGCCUGCAAGGCAGUGAGGAUGAGAAAAGGCAGGAUUAAUGUGAUCAAAAACCUUACAGCAUGGUUUUUGUCAUGA